AUGGAGGCUCCUGUCUGCAGCAGCCAGAGAGGCUCCAGCCUGCAGCAGCCAGGGAGGCUCCCGCCUGCAGCAGCCAGGGAAGCUCCCACCUGCAGCAGCCAGGUAGGCUCCUGUCUGCAGCAGCCAGGGAAGCUCCCACCUGCAACAGCCAGGGAGGCUCCUGUCUGCAGCAGCCAGAGAGGUUCCAGCCUGCAGCAGCCAGGGAGGCUCCCGCCCGCAGCAGCCAGGGAGGCUCCCACCUGCAGCAGCCAGGGAGGCUCCCGCCUGCAGCAGCCAGGGAGGCUCCCACCUGCAGCAGCCAGAGAGGCUCCAGCCUGCAGCAGCCAGGGAGGCUCCCUCUUGCAGCAGCCAAAGAGGCUCCAGCCUGCAGCAGCCAGGGAGGCCCCCGCCUGCAGCAGCCAGGGAGGCUCCUGCCUGCAGCAGCCAGGGAAGCCCCCGCCUGCAGCAGCCAGGGAGGCUCCCGCCUGCAGCAGCCAGAGAGGCUCCAGCCUGCAGCAGCCAGGGAGGCUCCCUCUUGCAGCAGCCAGGGAGGCCCCCGCCUGCAGCAGCCAGGGAGGCUCCCACCUGCAGCAGCCAGGGAAGCCCCCGCCUGCAGCAGCCAGGGAGGCUCCCGCCUGCAGCAGCCAGGGAAGCCCCCGCCUGCAGCAGCCAGGGAGGCUCCCGCCUGCAGCAGCCAGGGAAGCCCCCGCCUGCAGCAGCCAGGGAGGCUCUCUCCUGCAGCAGCCAGGGGGCGGAGCUUGCCUCACAGCUUCGGAACGAUGA